AUGCUUCUACUGGUUAGCACAGGAACGCAUGCCCACCCCCUGCCGCCGGCUUCACAACAGUAUACCUGCUGCUGCUCCACUCGCUCGCCGUGGUCGACAGACACUCUACAUCAUACCCGCCCGCACAAUCAUUCGUUGUCAUUUUGCUUGUCAUUUGAUCUUCGUAUUCUCCCUCCCUCAUUCAUCCAUCCAUUCAUUCAGGUACAUAGCUACCUAGGUACACACGUACCGAGUCUCACCAACCCUGCCAAGUGUGUCUCUUUUGCGCCGCAUCAUCUGUUAUUAGAGGCAGGAAUUGCGCCCCAAGACCCUUUCUCCAGCUUCUCCCCCGCGCAGCCACGCGCCAUGGCAUACCAACAGCGCCAGUACGACGAUUACUCGCAGCCGCAACCGAGACAGCAGCGCCCACCCCAGCAGCAACACCAGUACUACAAUCAGGGUCCGCCGCAAGGACGACAGCCGGCCGGCUACAAUCAGCAACAACAGCAGUACGACGAUUACGGUUACGAUCAAGCGCAGUACGAUCAAUGGGAUGACGGCUAUUAUGACCAGCAGCAGGGAGGAUGGGAGCGCGGGCAGCAGGGUGGUUAUGGCGACAUGCCCGCCCAGAGACAGCCCGCCCAGCGGCGCGCCCCUCCCCCGCAAAACGGAUACCCUCAAGAACAGCAACAGUACGAUGAUCAUUACCAGCAACCGCACCAGCAGCAACAGCGACGGGAUCCGCGAGGCCCGCCCAUGGGCCGAGGGCGCAUGCCCCCGCCUCAGCAGCAAGGUCGCGGAGGAUUGAGGGCACCUGAAAAAGAACGCGCCAUGAUGCAGCCGAAAUCGCCAAUGAAUCUACCCCAAGAUAACGCCUUCCCAACCUUCCCGUCAACAAAAUCCACACCGCGCACAAAGGCUGGUUCGAUAGAUGAGGCCAUGGCUUUUAUGGAUCUUGGACCAGACACUGAAAGCCGCGCUCCUGCUCAAGGAAGGCCAAUGGGUCCACCAGGGGGUCGUGGCCGUGGUGGCCCUCGAGGUCCCCCGCCGAUGGGACGAGGCGACCAGCAAGACAUGUCAAGACAUGACUCCGGUCAUUAUGAGGGCAGUGGGAGGGGACAGCGACUUCCACCGCAGAGGAUGGGCUCCAAUGCGGGAAUGCCUGCUCCACACCAACAUUUUGGCGCACAUACCCAACGCUCGCAGACGAUGCCCCAAACCAUGCCAGGAGCAGGUGGCCAACGAGGAUAUGACACUCAGCAGCAGUGGGCAGAAUCUGGUCCGGCUGCAGGCUAUCACGGCCCUCGAUCUCCUACUGGUGUGGUUCCCCCUCGACCCUCCACCGCUGGUGGAAAUAGACCGAAUGCGCAGAACCAACGAUUCGAACAGAGGCCGCCUGUCCCACAAAUGCCCCCGGCGCAACAGCAGUAUAAUCAACACCCCCAAGAUGAUGCAGGCGCUUUAGAUAAUGUCUAUGAUGACUAUUAUGGGAACGACCGACGGAGUCAGGGUUCGAUAGACAUGCCUAAUUUUGAUGCCAUCCAAGAAUCCAGCAGUAAACACCGUAGGGGAGAUUCGAUCGAUGGUCAUCUUGUUCCCUCAGGAGACAAGCCCCCCUCGAGUGAGUAUGACGUGGGCGGUGCGCAAGGAAACUUCUAUCAACAGGCUUCUCGAAGCCGGUCCCAACCCGAUCUAAACGCGCAAUAUUCCCAAGGGAACGGUGUUUACGAAAUGGCGGACAAUGCACCGCCUAUGCCUCCGCUCAAUGGCUUGCCACCCGGCCCUCGCGGAAGAGGACCCCCUCCUCGUGGAAUGACAGCAGACCCCACGAUGAGAAGAGGUCCUCCUCAAGGUUACGGUGGUGGUGGUGGUUACGACGCAGGUUUUGGUCGGCAUCCAGGACUUGCGCAACGAGGCUACUCGGAUGAGACAACCUACUCUGAGCCUCCAAACGCCAUGAGGACCGGUUCUCCGAUGGUACAGGGGAACCCGAUUGCUCGCCCUGGCACAGCAGCACCGGCACCAGGCCGAAUGCUUAGUGAUCCAAUGGGACGUCGACCGGGCACAACUAACCCAGACGCACUGCCAUCUCAUCCGACUCCUGUUCGAGCCGGUCUCAUGCAACAACAGGGUCAGCCACCCAUGCAGCAGGGUGGAAGGCCACCACCAGUUCGCCAAUACAACACAGAUCCACCGCCGAACCAAUAUGGGAACCAGCAAGCCCCUGCCGCUCCGGCGCCGCGGCGUCUCUCUGAACCUCAUCCCGUCACUCACGAUGAGAUUAACCGGCUGCGCAACUCAUAUAAGAACAAUCCCAGCGAUAACAAAACCGGGCUUUUGUUAGCUAAGAAGUUGGUAGAGGCCGCAUCUGUGCUCGCCGACGAAAACGGAACCGCCGAUACCAGGACUCGCAACAAAAACCGCGAGAAGUUCAUCAACGAGGCGUACAAGAUUGUGAAGAAGUUGGUUUCCAAUGGGGCUCCAGAUGCCAUGUUCUACCUGGCCGAUUGCUACGGCCAAGGGCUCCUAGGAUUACAAACAGACACUAAACAGGCUUUCACCCUCUAUCAAUCUGCCGCCAAACUCGGCCACGCCGCUAGCGCAUACCGCACAGCAGUGUGUUGUGAGAUGGGACAUGAAGAAGGCGGUGGCACCAAGCAGGAUCCCCUCAAGGCCGUACAGUGGUACAAGCGUGCCGCCGCUCUAGGCGACACGCCCGCCAUGUACAAGGUAGGCAUGAUACUCCUCAAAGGACUUCUGGGCCAGCAACGAAACCUCGGCGAGGCCAUCAACAUGCUCAAGCGUGCCGCCGACCGCGCCGAUGAAGAGAACCCCCACUCCCUCCACGAACUCGCCCUCAUCUACGAAUCGCAAACCGGCAACGAGCGAAUCAUCCGCGACGAACCGUACGCGUUCCAACUCUUCAACCAGGCUGCAGCGCUCGGCUACAAGUUCUCGCAGUUCAGACUAGGCCAGGCGUACGAGUACGGCUUACUGGGCUGCCCCAUUGACCCCCGCGCCAGCAUCGCUUGGUACACCAAGGCGGCCGCUCAGGAAGAACACCAGAGCGAGCUCGCGCUCUCGGGCUGGUACCUCACGGGCACCUCGGGGAUCCUGGAGCAAAGCGACACCGAGGCCUACCUCUGGGCGCGCAAGGCUGCUUGUGCGGAACCCCCGCUCCCCAAAGCCCUCUUCGCCAUGGGGUACUUCACCGAAGUCGGCAUCGGGUGUCCGAGGAGUCUGGAUGAGGCCAAGCGGUGGUAUGGACGUGCUGCUGCGUAUAAAUUCCCCAAAGCGCAGGAACGUCUUGAGGAGCUCAAGAAGGGCGGCGCGAAGGUGCAGAUGAAGCGCGAACGGCUGAGCCGCAGCAAUCAGAAGCAGCAAGAGGAGAACUGUACAGUCAUGUGA